AGUUAUAUGAUACGUACCCUAUACAACAAACCCAACUAUAACCCAUAACAUCACUCAUACAUCUCAGACCUGCAAACCUUCUCAUACACAUCAACAAUUUGGGUUACACAUCAGGAUAUUUUAUCUCUUUCGCCUAGAAGGGAAACUCCCCUGUUCUCAUCAAUAUUCCUUAUCUUCUCUGCAAAGAAUUUUAGUACCAUGUCUACCAUAGCAGAAACGACUCCGGUCCAAGUCGAAACUGAUGUCCCAAAGAUACCCAUUGUGGUUGAGUUCACAGGCGGCCUUGAAAUGCUAUUUUCAGACCAGCGUCGCCAUUCAUUAUUCAUACCAGCCGCAACCAAGGAAGGUAAGCCGGUAACUAUUGCUGGCCUGAUCGACCAUCUAUGCGAACAUACUAUGAAAGAUACACGGAAGGAAUUAUUCGUCCUGGAAGAUCAUCUGCGACCUGGCAUCCUUGUCCUGAUCAACGAUGCAGAUUGGGAACUAGAAGGCGAAGAGGCUUAUGAAAUCCAGGCAGGGGACAACAUCCUAUUCGUUUCUACGCUACACGGCGGGUAAUACCGCUUCUCUGUGCUAGACGCCCGCAUUACACCGCUAUUCAGAAGCUGAAAGGCCUAGUUGCAUUCGUCAUAGCUGCAUCACCCUCAGAGACAGAGCGAGAUGUCUAUAG